AUGGGAUGGGCCUGGGAGACGAGAGAAGGCCGUGGCCGGGGGUGUGUGGGUGACAAUAAGCCAGACGCCAGUGCGGUUUCGGGUGGUACGGGGCUGCAGGUACACAGUAUGGGAGCGGAUCUGUGGGCAUCGUUCGAAUGCAGGAGUAGGGGACAGACUCAAGGGACCAUCAGCGACAAGGGCGCCCCGACCACUCCACUACACGCUGGAAGGCAUCAGCAAGGCAUCAGUGUGCGGACAGAUACCUGCCGGCAUAUGUACAGGACAAAGUCCCAGGUCCUGCAAGGGGAUGCACCAAGGCACCCAGCGGGUAUCCCCUGCAAUGACCUGCAGAAGUACCUCUUCCAGCCAUCGCCGACACCAGUGACGGACGUCACCCAUCUUGGGAACAAGUGUACAGGCUCGUCAGGUGCCCAUUUGACGAGUACCUCUCCUCAAUCCAGGCACUCACAUGCACUACCGAGCGCGGCUUCGCCGGCGCCAUCUUCCAACCCCUCUUGCGCAGCUCGCAGCUUGCCACCCGCUGGAGCUGAAGCCUGCACGGCCGUGAUUGACAAAAAUACUGGAUCAACGUGCGGCUUUCGCCAUGCUGCGGUGUAUCCGCCCAAAGAAGGCAUCGAGAACCUGGCCUGGUUCUGA